AUGAGGCAGGCUGAUGGAGAGAAGGCGCGAGGCAUGGCUGGGUGGGCCAAGGACAAGGUGGGAGACGUGGUGGAGAAUGUGAGAGACAAGAUCGGAUCGGAGUGGGGCGGGCACAAGGUAGAGGAGGCGGAGGCGGCGAUGCCCGGCGGCGCCGGGGAGAUUGAAUACGUGCGGGUGCGGGCUGCCCAGGGCAAGGAAGGCGGCUCGGGCUGGGAGGCGGCGCACCCCAACCUGUUCAUGUGCGUGUGCGGCGCCCUGCUGCACAGGCAGGGUGGUGGCGGCGAGGCUGCUGGCGGCAGCCAGGGGGAGCACCUGGAGGGCCCGCGGGAGGCCUGGAAGCACAUGCAGCACGACCUGCAAGACCCUCACCAGUGGGACCGCCAGACUGAGGAGCGGUAUGAGCGCUAUGCCGACGGCUCGGAAAUCUUCAGCGGCACACACAACCACAUGCUGCACAUGGGCUCCCAGCCGUACCCAGCGGAGGGGGGCUCCGGCGGCCCCAAGCUGCCAAAGGGCGUGGCGGCACAGGCGCUCACCAGGGCUGGGGACGGCCAGGUGCGCUGCUUCGGCAGGGAGGUGACUCUGGUGGCGGGGCGCGUGGAGGGCAUGCCAGGUGCGGGGACCUCCCAGAGCGGCAACGUGCUGUCGCGCACGUGGGACUCGAUCAAGUCCAGCCUGGGACUGGUGCGGGGCUCCGCAGAGCAGGCCGGAGCGCAGGCCUCCGGCGCCGCGUCUGACGCCACCAGGCAAGCCGCCGCCCUUGUGGCCGUUCGGGGUUCUUCGUAUGCCUACGACCGGGCCGCCGGCAUGAAGAACGCUGCGGGCGAGAGCUGGGACCAGGCCAUGGAUGCGGCCUACCGCUCCUGGGAGUCCACCAAGAAGGGCGGCCAGCAGACGUGGGACGAGGCUAAGCGCGCCGCCUGGGACCAAUGGUCUGCCACCGUCUCCUGGCCCGCCCGCACCAUGCAGGCCACCAAGGAUGCCGCAGGCGCAACCGCCGACGCCGUCGGGUCUGCCGCCAGCGCCGCCGCAGGCGCCGCCUCCGGCGCGGCGCAGUACGCUGCAGGCACCGCGGGGUGGGCUGCCGACAAGGCCCGCGACAGCUGGUAUGCCACCCUGGCCAGUGCAUAUGCCAACUGGUAUGCCACCAAGGACAAGAGCAAGCAGACCUGGGACGACGCCAAGCGUGCUGCAUGGGACACCUGGAAGGCCGCUGAGGGCAAGGCCUACAGCGGGUACGACUAUGCCAAGGACACCACCGCCUCGGGCUACGACUCGGCGCUCAGGAGCGCCUACGACAACUGGCAGGCAAGCCGCGCUCUGGGGGCCUGCGCUGCGCUGAUUGCGCGCUCUACACCCCGCGCCCCACUCCCCGCAGCAUCGCCACAUGCUGCCACCAAGGACAAGACGGGGCAGACCUGGGACGCCACCCGCGACACCUUCUACUCCUCCUGGCGCUCCGCCAACCGCGGCUGGGACGACGCCAUGGCUUCAGCCUGGGACCAGUGGCAGGCUACCAAGGACAAGAGUGGGGAGACCUGGGACGAGGCCAAGAAGAAAGCUCACGAUCAGUGGAAGGCGGGCAGGGGCACCGCGGAGCAGGCCGGCGCCGCCGCCAGCGCCGGGUGGGAGAGCUGGAUGCGCUCGGCCUGGGGCCGCUGGCACCGCACCAAGGACGCCACCAACGAGAGCUGGGAGGCCGCCAAGGAUCAGGCCCGCAGGCAAGCGGCCUACGACACUGUGUCCACCUCCUCCCAGCAGACCUGGGACCAGGCCAAGGCGGCGUCCAGGGAGCGCUGGGAGGCCGCCAAGGGCACCACUGGGGAGGUGUGUGUGUGUGCAUACAUAGCCUAUUAUAGCCUAUUAUAG